UAGAGUUUUAGACCCCCAACAAACGAGCAUCAAGAUACACUGACAACCCACUAUGAGAACACUUCACACAGCAAUCCUUGUCCUCUUCAUCCUCCCAUGCCUUUGCACGGGCUACUCCGGCAGCCAGAGCCGUUUCACCUCCAUCGUCAGCUUCGGUGACUCCUAUGCCGAUACCGGUAACUUGGUCAGAUGGGCUGACCCCGUCCUUCCACCACUGCCUUUCAGCAACCUCCCCUAUGGCCAGACCUUCUUUGGCCACCCCACCGGACGGAUCAGUGAUGGCCGUCUCGUGCUGGACUUCAUCGCGGAUGCCCUGGGUCUGCCUUUUGUGCCGCCCUAUCUGGGCAAUGAGAAAGAUUUCACCGCCGGAGUGAACUUCGCGGUGGCAGGAGCCCCGGCUCUGAACCUGACGUACCUACAGGGGCAGAAUUUGACAUUGAGUCCCCCAAUCAGACACUCUCUCGACGACCAGCUCGUGUGGUUCCAGGAGCUGAAGCCUUCGCUCUGCAGCAGACAAGGUGCUAACUGUUUCGGGAGCACUCUGUUUGUCAUGGGAGAGUUUGGAGGAAAUGACUACCUGAGCUUCCUAUUAUCGAACAGGACCGUUGAACAAACUGGAGUUUAUGUUCCAAUAAUUGUUGACAGCAUUUCUAGGGGCGUGGAGAUACUGAUUCAGCGCGGUGCCAAGUACAUAGUCGUGGCGGACAUCUUCCCGGUUGGCUGCCUUCCCGGAGUGCUCACCGUGCUCGCGAGCACAGACAAGGCAGACUACGACCGGCACGGAUGCCUCGCCGGUGUAGAGAGGCUGUUGUCGAGAUACCACAACUCUCUCCUCCGCCGGCGGAUCAAGGUGCUCCGGAGCAAGUACCCACACACGACGAUCAUCUCCACCGAGUACUACCGACCCUUCAUAGCAUUUCUACAUGAGCCAGCACAUUUUCGAUUGAACCGCAGCACGACCCUCUUCAGCUGCUGUGGAGCAGGAGGCCCUCCAUACAACUACAACUCCAGCUCAGCGUGCGGCCAGCCGGGCGUAAUGGCGUGCGCACAUCCGUCGGAGGCGCUUCAGUGGGACGGCUUCCACCUCACGGACGCCGCCCAAAAGCUCAUCGCCGACGGGUGGCUCCACGGACCAUACGCGGAUCCUCCUAUACUGCACGUCGCACACUAGCUUCGUCAGGACAAAAAGGUGUAAAAUUGACUUUAUAUUUCUGUCUUAUCCAGCCAUGUAAACAUCUGCCUGCGUCAUAGGCCACAAAAUAUUCUCAUUGAAAAAUAGGAUUACCGAGUCGAUGCACGCAAUGAACAAAGAAGGCGCCACUGCUGCCACAUGACGUCUUUGUCAAGUUUCAUGCAAUAGUCAAAGCAACCAAAAGUUCGAACUGAAAUAGGACAGGGAUGAAAGAUUUAUCUUCAAUUUUAGCAUCAAA